AUUAUAUGGGGUUUUCUUUCAUCUACUAGAUUAUUCAAUCCUGACACCUCUUUUCCCCAUUGGAUCUCUGUGAGAGUCACAUGCUUUGGGCAUCUUUGAAAAGACUCUUCUGAGGCUUCAGCAUCUCAUUUGGGUCUUCUGAAUCUCACCCAGAACUGUGUUGAAUUCUCAUCUAUCACAAUGAGCAACAGAUUCCUGGGCACCUGGAAACUUGUCUCCAGUGAGCACUUUGAUGAUUAUAUGAAAGCUCUGGGUGUGGGGUUAGCCACCAGGAAACUGGGAAAUUUGGCCAAACCCACUGUGAUCAUCAGCAAGAAGGGAGAUAUUAUAACUAUAAGAACUGAAAGUACCUUUAAGAAUACAGAGAUCUCCUUCAAGCUGGGCCAGGAGUUUGAAGAAACCACCGCUGACAACAGGAAAGCAAAGAGCCUUGUGACCUUGGCAAGAGGCUCCUUGAAUCAAGUGCAGAAAUGGGAUGGCAAAGAGACAACAAUAAAGAGAAAGUUGGUGGAUGGGAAAAUGAUAGUGGAAUGUAAACUGAAGGGAGUGGUCUGCACCAGAAUUUAUGAGAAGGUCUAAGAAAACUGUUUCUUCAUUGAAGUGAUAUUUCAUCAUUUGAUAUUGGAAAUCAACUGUUUCAACUGGCAAGGCCAGACUACACUGCAGAUUUUUUUUUUUUUGCUUUUAUUUAAAUGGAUCAGAUAGGCAAAGGCCUAAACUGAGGAGUAAUCUAAAAUUCAGUGUUGUUUAAACAUUUUCAGUUUGCAUGCAUGUCCUUACCAUAUUAAAAUAUGUAUAUUAGCCAGAGCUAAAUACUGAUAAUGUCAUUUAAUUAUCUGCAAAAUUCUAAUGUAUAUUGUGCUUUGUAUAUUGAAAUUAUAGUGAAAGGAAGUAAAUAUAUCCAUCAGUGGUUGCAAACUCAAAUGCCUUCAGAGGCCAGGAGAGUAAUAUGGGAGGAAGAUUAGAAGUGAGCUCAUCUAGAAAGAGCUGUUUUAAAUUAAGGAGUUCUAGUUCUGGCUACAAUGGCAGGCUCUACCCCACACCAUUUUUUAAAACUAAGGAGUAAUUUAUAGACAGUGAAAUGCACAGCUAUUAAGGGUAGAGUUCAAUCCAUUGCAACAAACACAUGCACCCAUACAACCUACAUCCUGACCAAGAUAGAGUACAUUUCCUAAGGAAAGUUUUCUCACAUCCCUUUUUGGUCAGUGUCCUGCCCUGUCCCACCUCCACCAAAAGCAAUCGUGAUUUGGUUUCUAUCAUUUGGUUUUUACAUUAUCCUUCUCUUUAAUGUUUGGAUUUUUAUAUAAAGAAUAUCUAUUGUUUUUAAUCCAGAAAAGUAUACGUUUUGUAAAUGAAGAAGCAGAGUCAGGAAACUUUUAAAAAAUCUUGAAACAAGGAAAACAACUGCUUCUGUUCUAUGCGGCCUAAACCACCACUUUGCAUACACAGACAUACUGUACUCAUUUGCAACCACAGUGCUCCUACUUUUUUGUGUUCUGCUUCUUGUAACUUAAUAUUCUAAUAAAGAUUCUUCCACAUUUAAACAUGUGAUAUGCCAUAGUUUAUUAUGGUUCUAUAAUAUAACUGUUUUAUUUUUAAGUUAUGUCCAGUUUGGAGUUAUUACAGACUAUCUUGCAAAAAUGACCUUCAUGUAUUUUCAUGUAUAUAUAUUUGACUGUGCUGAAUACCUUUUUAAAGAGAAGAAUUAGUGAGUCAAGGAAUAUGGAAAACCUGGUGGUGUCUUACUGAAUAUUUCUGUAUUGCUUUUCUAAGAGUCAUUACUGAUUGGUCACAAUGCAACCAGCAGCAUAUGAGUCAUUAUACUAGCAAUAACAGCUGUUGAACAUUAUGUGUGUACUACAUGCAAGCUCAUUCACUCUCUAUCACAUGAUUCACAUGUUAUGCUGCCAUAUUUAAUAACAUUUUUACACACACAACAACCCUAUCUGGUAGAAAAUAUUAUCAUCCCCAUUUGAUAAAAGUGGAAACAAGUGUAGAGUGAGAUGCAAAGUCAUAAAGUGGUAGAACCAGGAUUUGUCUCUGUUUGAAGAGAGGUCAUCUGCUAAACCCUUACUCUAUUUUGCCUCCUUUGCCACACUUGUCUAUUAGAUACAUGGUUGUUUCUUGUAAUAUCCUGAAGAGAAUGCUCUUAGGGGUUACUUUAGCAUG